AUAGAUUGAAAUUUUACUUUUUUAAAAAAAUGUUUUGAAAAGGGUGAAAGUUGCAGAGAAAAGAUAGAGUUUUUGUGAAGGGUAAUGAAUGUCAUCAAGCAGUAGCAGCAGAUGCCUAAGACUUCUGGAGAAAUGCAAAGAUCUGAAGGAACUGAACCAAGCCCAUGGCCAGGUCAUCACCUCUGGUCUUUCCCACAACACAUUUGCCCACAGCAGGCUCCUAGCUUUCUUUUCUUCUCCCCACAAUCUGGGAACAACAAGAAGAAGAACAGGAAGCAUUUCCUAUGCUUGGGAAAUCUUUGAAAAAAUUCAAGAACCCACAGUCUGUAUUGUCAACACCAUGAUCAAAGCUUUCUUUCUCAGCAAUGAGCUGACCAGAACCGUGGGGAUGUACAAACACAUGUUGCAGAUUGGGAUGUGUCCGGAUAACUACACGUUCCCCUAUCUGUUAAAGGCUUGUUCUGACAUGGAAAGUUACAGUCUUGGGAGUUCAAUUCAUGGGCAAUGCUUGAAAUUCGGAUUCUUGGCCGAUACCUAUGUUGGGAACAGUUUAAUUUCCAUGUACUCUGAGCUUGGAGUCAUGAAAGAUGCACGAUACGUGUUCGACGAAAUGCCUAGCCAUUGUGUGGUGACUUGGACGGUUCUGAUCUCUGGGUAUUCGAGAACGGGUGAUGUUUUUGAAGCAAGAUUGGUUUUUGAUGAGACCCCAGUGAAGGAUAGGGGAGUUUGGGGGUCUAUGAUUUCUGGGUAUGUGCAGAACAAUUGUUUCAAAGAAGGGUUGCAGAUGUUUAGGGUGAUGCAGAUGACUGGGGUUCAGCCUGAUGAGAUGAUUCUUGUCAGCAUUCUCUCAGCUUGUGCCCAGCUGGGUUCACUUGACAAUGGCAAAUGGGUCCACAGAUAUUUGGAGAAGUUAGGGAUGGCAAUGACUGUGAGACUAGGAACUGCUCUUGUAGACAUGUACGCGAAAUGCGGGCGUUUGGAUUUUGCCCGGGAACUGUUCGAAAAAAUGCCUGUUAGAGACGUCGUUUGUUGGAAUGCCAUGAUUUCCGGGUUCGCGAUGAACGGGAGGGGCGAAAAAGCCAUGGCUCUGUUCCAAGAGAUGCAAAAUUCUGGGACCCGACCGGACGAUAUUACCCUCAUUUCCUUGUUAACUGCUUGCACUACCUGUCCAGGAAUGGCCAGUGAAGGACUAAGGCUGUUGAGUGUCAUGUGCAAUACAUAUAACAUCCAGCCUAAAGGGGAACAUUAUGGCUGUCUGAUACACCUUUUUAGCAAAGAGGGUUUCCUUGAAGAGGCCAGAAAUCUAGUCCAGAGUGCUCAUACAGAAGACAAAGACGAAGAAGAAGAAGACGGAAGUGUUGUGGCUUGGCGGGCAUUGUUGAGUGGUUGUGUGGAUCACGGGGAGGUUUGCUUGGCCGAGGCUGCUGCAGAGAAGAUUUUUAGGUUAGAACGACACGACGGAGCGUAUGUUCUGCUGUCUAACCUUUAUGCCGCGGCUGGUAGACACGACGGGGCUAAUAGGUUGAGAAAGAUGAUGAGGAAGAAGAAGGAGCUCAUAGACAAGAAGACUCCAGGCUGCAGCUCUGUGGAAAUUAAUGGUGUUGUUCAUGAGUUUCUUGCUGGGGAGAAGUUAUAAUCCCCACACAUAGUUAUGAUGAAAGUCAUUGAGAAUGUGAUUUUUCCUUGGAAUGGUUGUAUUUCACAAUAUGUCGAUUAAUUUAGAGGGAAAAAAAAUUCUCCAUGUUUUGAUUUUUUUGGUCAAAUAGUGACAUUUUUUUACCAUAAGUUGUGAGAAAAGUAAAUUAAAUACUCUGUAUAAUA